UCUCCAAAAUCUGCCACCGAGCUCGGGUCUAGGCUCCAGAUCCCCCGAGCAAACCCCGAGCUGGUGAAUGUUCAGCACAGGGAGCAGCAGCAGUAUCAAGUCUGGGCAGCCGGUGUGGAGAGCGGAGAAUGAAUCGGUUCCUUUUGCAAGGGAAAGUCGGUGGCGUGUGGGUCGUGGAGGGCCUGCCGAGGAUACUCUCUCUGCUUCCUGGAGUUUGUACUUGAAACCCAUUCUGUCAGAUUGCUGACCUGAGGGCGUGCUCCAGCUCUCAUCCACCUCUGGCUCCACUGUAUCCUUCGAAUUGGCUGCAGAAAUUUAUUUUACAUGAAGCUCUUUGGAGCUGUCGGGUCUUCUGAAAGUGGAUGUGCUCAAAUAGUCUUGGAAUACUUACUGUGAAAUGUUAGAGUUUGGUCGAGCAGGUGGCUCUGUUGUCCUGUCGUUUUUAACAGACUGCAAAUUCCGUCCUAUCGAAAUAGUAUUUUGGGGUUUUUUUCCUGCUUAAAUUCACAUAAAAUUGUGAGGGUCCCACACGACAUUCCAAAUUCCUGGGCUUGGCGUUGCUGAACUUUCCAUCCUAUUAAGGUUCUGUGACCGUGUUCUGUGCGGGUUUUUGCUGGAGUGCGGAGUGUUUGACAGAGGUAUUUAUUUUAGUCAUCCUUGUCAUAGCAGUGGGUUCCCUGUGUGAGGCACUCAGAGGAAUGCUGGUCAAAUUUAGAAACAAAUCAUUUCUAUUCUAAGUUUACGAGAGAACACUCUGAUUAACAUUCAGGUUCCCACUUGGAUCUGCUUGCGGGAGGAGGUAAAAUGAGCCUGACAGCAGAGCCUGAUGCAGCUGAUCCUCUGUGCCUGGUCGUGAAGUGCAUCUGAGGGGUUGUUGCUGCCUUUUUUGGACCUUGGAGAAGGUGCCCCAACCUGAAGGGGAGGUUGGGACUCUUUUGAACUCAAGCAGAAAAGACUGGAAGCUGAGGGCAAAACAAUGAAAAUGAAGAAUAUAUAUAUUUUUAUCGCUGUCCUGUUCAUCCCAUGGAGCUUUUCUUUGGCAAAGUAUGAUGAAUUUGAGGAUGGAGAUGACAUUAUGGAAUAUGAUGAUAAUGACUUUGCUGAAUUUGAAGAUGUGAGUGAAGAUACAGUCACAGAGUCUCCUCAGAGGAUCAUCACUACAGAAGAUGAUGAAGAAGAAGCUACUGUAGAGCUUGAAGGUCAGGAUGAAAAUCAGGAAGACUUUGACGACGCAGACACACAGGAAAGUGACACCGAGAGUGAACCAUACGAUGAUGAGGAGUUUGAGGGGUAUGAAGAGAAACCAGAUGCAUCUCAUAGCAAAAAUAAAGACCCCAUAACAAUAGUUAAUGUCCCUGCUCACCUUCAGAACAGCUGGGAGAGUUAUUACAUGGAGAUCCUGAUGGUAACAGGUCUCCUGGCUUACAUCAUGAACUACAUCAUUGGGAAGAACAAAAACAACCGCCUGGCUCAUGCUUGGUUCAACACUCACAGGGAGCUGCUAGAAAGUAACUUUGCUCUUGUUGGGGAUGAUGGCACUAAUAAAGAAGCUACAAGCACUGGGAAACUAAAUCAAGAAAAUGAACACAUAUAUAACUUGUGGUGCUCUGGAAGGGUGUGCUGUGAAGGAAUGCUCAUCCAGUUAAAGUUUCUCAAGAGGCAGGACCUGCUGAAUGUCCUGGCGCGCAUGAUGAGGCCGGCGUCAGACCAAGUGCAAAUAAAAGUGACAAUGAAUGAUGAAGAUAUGGACACGUAUGUGUUUGCUGUAGGAACCAGAAAAGCACUGGUGAGGCUUCAGAAAGAGAUGCAGGACCUGAGUGAGUUCUGCAGUGAUAAACCUAAGUCUGGUGCAAAAUAUGGGCUUCCAGAUUCACUGGCUAUCUUGUCAGAGAUGGGAGAGGUCACAGAGGGAAUGAUGGACGCUAAGAUGAUCCAUUUCCUCACACACUACGCUGACAAGAUUGACUCUGUCCAAUUCUCGGACCAGUUCUCCGGUCCAAAACUUAUGCAAGAGGAGGGCCAGCUUACAAAACUGCCCGAAACUAAAAAGACACUUCUGUUUACAUUUAAUGUGCCUGGCUCAGGCAACACUUCCCCAAAGGACAUGGAGUCUUUGCUGCCUCUGAUGAGCAUGGUUAUCUACUCCAUUGACAAAGCAAAGAAGUUCCGGCUGAACAGAGAAGGUAAGCAAAAAGCUGACAAGAACAGGGCUCGUGUGGAAGAGAACUUCCUCAAGCUGACUCAUGUGCAGAGACAGGAGGCUGCCCAGUCCCGCCGGGAGGAGAAGAAACGGGCGGAGAAGGAGCGAAUCAUGAACGAAGAGGAUCCUGAGAAGCAGCGUCGGCUGGAGGAAGCUGCUCUGCGGCGUGAGCAGAAGAAGCUUGAGAAGAAGCAGAUGAAGAUGAAGCAAAUCAAAGUGAAAGCCAUGUGACUGUGUUGUGAGAAGUGUCUUGGUGCCACCUGUGGAAUUGUACUUCACAGGGUACAAAGACCUAUGUAACUCCAUAAUCCUCUGAUUCCUUGAAUACUAGUAACCAUUAAGAGAAAAGUUCUUGCAUUGGUGUUAAAUACUUAUCUAAGUAUUACAGCAAAAUGUGUGGAGAGCUUUGUCUCAGCAGUUCUGUUCCAGGUGGUACAAAGUUUUGCUACUUGUCUGUUAAAAAAAAACAAAUUGCAAUAUUCUUGAAUGCUUUUUGUCAUUUGUUCUUUAAAAACAGAAGAUUGUAAAUCUGUCCAUGUGUGCUGGUAACAUAUUCAUGCUUUGGUUUAAAACCUUGGUUUUAGUUAUAGUGAGGGCAAGGGGAAAAACUUAGGGGGAGGAAAACUGCACAAUAAACAUUUACUGUGCAUUUAUUUGCAUCAAGGCACAACACUUAGAGCCUUCCAUACACAGUAUGGAUUCUUCAGGGAUUUAAGCCCAGUAGAAUAGAUGUUCUGAUAGAAGUAGAAGAUUUUUUUAUCUUCAUUUUUUUUUACAAAGGUCCUGAAGCAGUAUUAGGUCACCCGUGGGCAUGAUUGGCUUAUGUGUAAAACAAAGAGAUGGUGAGAACCAAGGGAAUGGAAUACAUGGACAGUUUCCUCCUUGUGUGUUUGGGUGCUGCUAACUUAAAACAAUUUGGAAUCUGUGAUGUCAGCACAGUGUUCCUUCAGGACUGAGUGCAUGGUGAGUUAGCAAUUCAACCAGCUUUCCUCCAAUAUUUUUAACUGUUCAAGUUUGCCUCAACCCCUUCUCUCCUGAUCUCAGCAGCUGCUGCCCUGUUCAGCCAGGAACCAGAUCUAGUGGAGUACCUGCAGUUCCCAAUCUCCCCAAGCCAGUGGAAAUGUUUCAGGAGGAUAUUUGUCCUCUUCAGCCGGUCAGUGAUCCCUUCAGGGUUUUGAAUCUAAAUGGGAAGAAUGAAGUGAAUGCCCUGUGCAAGCACUUUGCUGGGAGAGCUCUGCAUUUUAUAAAUGCUUCCUGUCCAGAAGGCAUUUUAUUGUUGCUUGUAACAGACUUUUAACAGUUUUGUGGGGAAACAAUGUCCUGCAUUUUCUUGUUCAAUACUUUGUGGAAACUUGGUUCUGAGGCAAUAAGAAUUAGCUGCUGUUGAAACAGCAAUUGCUUAAACUCCUUGUUCCAGCAUGGGAUACUUCACCCUGAUUGAAAUGCAAAUGUCUGUAACCUGAUACAUGCAAAUACAUUAAUUUUAUAAUGGUUGGUAAAAUUAUUUAAAACCAAAAUUAAUGUAGAUUAUGUGAAAUUUUAGCACUAUUUAGCUUUAAAGAUUAAUAUGUUAUUGUUUCACAGAGUUCUUUGAAAGGAAAUACUAAUUUGUGCUCUUUUGAGUAACUGGACAGCUUUCCUGAAGUCCCAUCCAGUUGUGGGCCAUGGCAGCUAAUUUUGUAAUACAAACAUUCAAAUGAACAAUCUAAUGAAGAGUAAAAUAUAAUUGAAACACUCCUGCUUUA